UAUAUUUUCAAGAAAGAAGUUGAAAACGAAAAGGGAAAAUAAAAAUUUACUUAAAAAAAAAGAUAACGGAUAACGUGAAGGUGGAAUUUCGCAUCGGAAAGCACUGCGAAGAACAGAAAAAAAAAACAGUGCAUAAAUUGUUGUUCUUCGACUUCAAAACCCUAGAUUCCCAAUUCAAUUCGCGGCGGUAAAGUGCAGAAGAUGGAUCAAUUAAACCACGGCGCCCUCUAUCAGUCGAAUCAGCUUCCAAAUCACUGUUUAACAGAGUUAAAUCAGUUUCCUCCUGAUGUUUCUAUGCCUCCCAAUGGCUUGCAUUCUGAAUCAAGUAAACAAAAACCUGAAGCAGAGCUCAAAGACUCUAUUGCUGCAAGAAAAGUGCAGAAAGCAGAUCGAGAAAAAUUAAGGAGGGACCGCUUAAACGAGCAGUUCAUGGAAUUAGGAAAGACUCUUGAUCCUGAUAGACCUAAAAAUGACAAAGCAUCCAUCCUAAGUGAUACCGUUCAAAUGCUGAAGGAUUUGACUGCUCAGGUCAGCAGAUUAAAAUCUGAGUAUGCUGCACUUACUGAUGAAAGCCGCGAGUUGACCCAGGAGAAAAAUGAUCUCAGAGAAGAGAAGGCAUCUCUUAAAUCUGAUAUUGAGAGCCUUAAUGCCCAACAUCAACAAAGAAUGAGGACUAUGUAUCCAUGGGCUGGGAUGGAUCAUUCUAUGGUCAUGCAUCCACCUUCAUAUCCGUAUCCGAUGCCCGUUCCGGUUCCAACUGGACCAGUUCCAAUGCAUCCAUCUCUGCAGGCCUAUCCAUUCUUCAGCAAUCAUAAUCCUGCAGUUGCUCCAAAUCCUUCAUCUUUUGUUCAAUACAUGACUCCCAAUACAUUGAUUGAACAGCAACCGACUCAGUAUAUGUCUCCAAUUAUACAACCAGGUAGUAUGCCCAGACAAGAAUCCAGAAACAAGUCAUCAGAACAAGGAGAGAGCAGACUUGAGAAAAGAGAAGAUUCCAAUGAAGUGGCAACAGAUUUAGAGCUUAAGACACCUGGAUCUACAUCUGAGCAGGACCUUUCAUCUGGACAAAAGAAAUCCACGAGGUUGCCAAAGAAGGAUAACAGCAUCACUGACGCAAGUUCCUCAAGUAGAUGUUCGUCAUCCCAUAGUGUACAGGCUGUUUCUUCGAAUAGUGUAGUUAGGGGAACAAAGGCGGAUGAUUGACAUUUGGAACUGAAUCUGAACCAGGACCUUUCAUCUGGUCAAGAGAAAUCCAGAAAGUUGCCAAAGAAGGAUAACAGCCUCACAGAUGGAAGUUCCUCAAGUAGAUGUUCGUUUCGUCAUCCCAUGGUGUACAGAUUGUUUCUUCAAAAAGUGUAGUUGGGGGGAACAAAGACGGAUGAUUGACAUUUGGAACCAAAUAGGAACCAGGUUAUUACCUUUAUUACUUUUCCUUUCUAGCUGCUUCUGCUCCAUCUGUUGUAUAAAAAGGUGCACAAUACAGAGUCAGGGAGCUGUUGCCGGUGCAAUGGGGUCUGAAUUUGGAUAUUUCUUAUGUAUCCCCAACAGUUCUAAGGGGGUCGUGACAUGGAGACUAGAACUGUGUUCAUAUAUGAGUAAUAGUGAAUGUAAGGGAAAGCUAGCUAGCUCUCCUUCAUGAAUUAAUGGUGUUAGUGCCAUAACAUCCAUUAUCGUCCAUCGCCUCACAUACCUAAUCCUUAAACAUAUCUACAAAAUUGUAUCCCUUUUGGGUAUGAAAUGUUUUGGUGUGUUAAGAAGGUUUAGGUUUUUUGUUAUUCUA